AUGUCGGUAGCACGCACAGCUUUCUCGCUCGCUAGGCGUGUGCCUAUCUCAGCUGUCCGCGUCGCUCCCCGAACGUUCACCACCAUCACAGCUCGCAGAGCAGGAAAAUGGGAUCCGAAGCCCGGCGAUCCGGAGGCCAAACUCCUCCCAUUUGAAGAGAUCAAAACCGAAGCAGAUCUCCUCCCGCCCGGCGCCGCGCCCGGUACCGUGCCUACCGACCUCGAACAAGCCACCGGUCUGGAACGUCUGGAAAUCCUGGGAAAGAUGCAGGGCAUUGAUAUCUUUGACAUGUCGCCACUUCCGUCAGAUAGAGUCGGCACGUUUGAGGAUCCGAUUGUUGUGAAAUCAGCUGGGCCAGAGUACCAGGUCGGCUGCACCGGCUCUCCGGCUGAUUCGCACGUCGUCAAAUGGCUCGUGAUGUCCCGCACACGCCCCUUUGAGCGGUGCCUGGAAUGCGGCAGCGUCUACAGAAUGGACUACGUGGGAGCACCAGACUCGCACGACGACCAUCACGGCGAUCAUGGACACGGACACGACCACCACCCCGCACACGAACCACCAAAGACCAUGGCCGAUUUCGUCAAGCCGGAGUACUGGUACCGAUAA